AUAUAUAUCUCUGGCCAUAUUGGCGAGUGCGAGCGGUGCGAGUUUGUGGGAGUGCGCUGUGCUAGAAAUAUGCUCAAAAUUCUACAAUUGACUGGAAUAUUUAUGGGGGACUAGCUGCCGGCCUAUUCUUGCAUGUAACGUCUACCCGAGACAACGCGUCACUUUCGAGGAUGGUUGCAGUGCCUUAGAAGUGCUACGCCAUGGUGUUCGCAAUGGGUACCACCAAGGAAGACGAAGCUGAAGGCAGCUUGACAGAUGAUGGCGCAGCCACCGUUGCUUCUCCCGACACCGCGUCUAAGCUGUCGUCCAGGGAUGCGGCCGUGCCGGUGGCUUACUUCGGCGUAGCCUUGGGAGCAGGGAUGACUCCCUGCGAUGACGAUGAGUUGCCCUUGGUUUUUGUGGACCGCACCCUGGCAUUACGCUGCGUCAAGAAGUACCGGGGAGCUCGGUUUAAGGCAUUUAGCUCCAGGGAGGAAGCGGCAGCAUUCAGCGUUCAACCAGCAGUGACAGCCGUGGAGAGCACGGAUGCGCCAGACUCCACAACCACGGCACUUGUUGGGGAGAAGAGCAGCAACUACAGAGCACCUAAGAGUCAGGACUUGGUCCAGCUGCGCAAGGCUGUCGAGGCUGGAGAUGCCACCUUCUUCAAGCAAAGUGUCUGGUCCAAUCCUCGCUACCUCGUUGGAAGUGGUGACACCCCGACCAUCUUGCAGGAAGGCUACCGGUACAACGCGCUGCAUGUUGCCUGUGCCAAGCGGCAGCCUGCACUGGUGCAGUUGCUGCUGGACACCCUGCAGGAUGCACAUUUCCUUGAGCUACUCUACCCCGACGACAGCCCUGAUGUGAGGAAUCGGCGCAAGGUGUUUCUCCUCGACCUGUACCUGAACACUCCAGAUAAAGGGCGUUGUGAGACACCGCUUCACUUUGCCUGCAAGUUUGGCUGCUACGAAGCAGUGGAGCUUCUUGUAGCACUUCCAGAGUGUGAUCAAAACAGGCGCAAUAAGGAAGGCCAAACACCACGCGAGAUCAUUUGUGACCGGCUGCCAUCUGCCUCUGCAGAUUUGAAAAAGAGGAUGGACUCGUUGUUUGAAGAACGCCUGUUUGUGCCAGUGUUACGGUCAGAGGACAACUCGGUGGCACCAACAGUUGGGGAGCCAUUCUCACCCAAUGCAUCGCCCAUGCACAGUCCUGUGACAAGCCCACGUGACACCUCGCUUAGCAUCAUGGCCACUGCGGGACCCAUGUCUCCCACUGAGGCCCGUACCAUGUACCGCCAGUGGAAGACUCCAAAGCGGCGCAGCAUUGGCUUUAAAGAACCACUCUCGCCCAUGGAGAGCAUGCGACUUGCCGACAUCGAAAAGGGAUUGGAGCGUAUUGGUCGUGGCCUUGCCAAGGAAAUGAGGGUGCCUUGGAAUGAGUACUGGCCUUUCCUUGGCUGCUGGUGCAACUUGGCUUCUCCAGAGGGCUUAGAAAAACUUGAGGCCCACCUACGAAGCAAGCGUUCUCAGGUUGUCUCUGAAAGGUGGUCUCUAGAGAAUUCCCCAGCGGCAUCCGACGAACUGUCUCUGUCCAGUCCCAUCAGCCAGCUUUGCGAAGCGUUGGGCGAUCUCAAGUUGGGCACUGCUUUUGAGAAGAGCUGGGGGAGCAGGCAAGAGAGCCAGAACCACCUCCACGGUGCCAAGAUGCUGAGGACUCCCAAUGGAAGGGCAGUUUCGGCAGCAGAACCUGGCUGCAGUCCUGCUCAGUGUGGGGCAUCGCACAAAGGUAUUCCCCCAGCAGCUCAGCGCUUGGCAAGGGUACUGUUUGACUGGGCAGUGGCCCACGACACGGGCCCAGAGCCGGAGGCCGAUCUCACCUUGCAGCUAAAUGAACAGGUUCUGCCAGAACUGGCCCACCUGGAGCGCACUGGUGGCCCCGAGCUGUGGCGGCUACACCCUUGGCUUGGCCGGGAAGUGCACCUACUUCUGCGCGACAGCCUGGAGCCAUCCGAGCGGCAAAGUUUGUGCCGCGCCCUGCACACACAGCUGCCACCUCUGUCCACCAACCGAGCAGCCCCCGCCUCUCCGCCCUCCACUGAUGAUGAAGAUGACGGCGGCAGUGUCAGCGACAUGUCACGGCGUUACCGACAGCCAUCAAGCCGUCGGAGGAGUAGAACUUUGAAGCGGCAUCUGCAGUGUGUGCUGCGUUCUCUGUGUGCCUUGUUGGAGAAUGACUUAGCUGAUGCAGAACCCUUUCACUGCUUGUGCUCUCAAGGAACGACGAGAAGCCUGGAAACUGCUUUUCUCAAGGAUUGCAAAGCCCAGCCUGUGGAGGAGGAGGAAGAGGAGGACGAAGUGUUUUUCACCCCUCCCACCAGUCCGUGCUCCUCGAGUGGAUCAUCAUCUCAGGCGCACACCCCAGACGAGGGUCCACUCUUCUUUAUACAAGGAUCCCGUCCUAGCAAAGUGGACUUGGAUGUGCUGAGGGCCCUAGAACCAAGUCUGUUGGAUCCUGACGCCUUUGACUCUCUCGCGUAUCCCUGUGUACAUCAAUGGAUGCAGGUUGUUCGUUCAUUUCCAGAGGAAGCCACUUCAAGAUGGCCGAGUCCUACGGUGGCGAACCUGAGGCGCACCUUGCGCACAGUAUUAUCACCAGACUCUCCAUGUUCUAGUGGUGAUGGCAGGUCCGACGGAUGCCGCACGCCACAGAGGGAAUUGUCCAGCAGUCAACUGCGCCCAAAAGUACUUUGGAGCACCAGUCCGGGACGCCUGUGACAAACUACGUACCUGCUGCUGCUUUUAUUAGGAGUCGAGUGCCAACUCGUUGCAUGCAUUUGAUCAAAGUGAAGCCAGUGGCAGGGUCAGCCAUUUGGGCAUUGCGGUGCACGCAUGCGCACCUUGGGAAAAAUGCAGUGCCUUGGGACUGUUGAUGGCCUCAGGAAUGGGGUACAGUUUUAGAAGUUGACUUGUAAUUUAUUUAGGCAGUUUUUAGAAAUGUUGUUAAGGAAACUUGUUUUUAAACUUGCUUUUAGCGUAAACCUGAUGAUAUUCUGUCUGGCCAAGUGCCAAAUAUAAGGCUUGUGGCACCUGAGUCUUGCUGUCACCACUGCAUACAGUCUUUUUUUCAAGGACAAAUCGCUCUGUGUGCAAGCUUCUUAGCAUGGAGUGUUUGUCGCUUCAAUCUUGUACUUUGAUAUGAAAAAGCUUCGUCAGUGCUUGUUCUGUGCUCAUGGGGCAAAAAACUGAAGCAGUGUAAGGAGAAUGCAGGCCCUGCUUCAAUAGAUUGGCAGAAAUAGUUUGGACAGGGGAGAAAAAUGCUGGAAAAAUUAAAUCCUGAACUCUGUCAGGGAAUCUUGGGAACGUUGGUUCGCACUUACUAUAUACAUUUCCUUAUUGCGUUUACUGUUUAUAAAUUAUUUAUUUUUCUAAGUAUCUCAAAAUGGGAGGGCUCACUGACAUAGUAUACUACUAUAUGCAGUCUGUCGCAGCGCACAUAUCAAGCUGGUUUUGCAUUAGGCUGCAGUUCACGCUCAACCUCCACCCGGUCUUGAAGUCUAUUUUUGAUUCAUGGCUGAAGCUUUCUAAAGCUGUAUGUAACGAGUCAAUUCUGCAUUCAGCAAGUUUAUAGCGCGCCAGAAGAGAGGUCUAUAACUGGUGUUUGUACUUCAGUGGUUAUAGUACUGCUAGCACACACGAGGAGCCAAAAGCUUGUGGGGUCUCGAAGAUGAGCCGCGCUCUCGAAACACUCUGACACAGUCACGCGGUCGAGCAAACAAAAACAUGUACAUUUAUUUAUAGCUUUUACAAUGACGAGCUCGCCAGCUGAAUAUAAUACGUAACUAGUAACACUCUAAGUAACCUACUACAAUGCCAAUACAAUACACAUAAAACAUAACGCACAAUGUAGCGCGAAUGCGCCAUUGCCGAUCUUCGACUCACCACGGGGGCCUCGCGGGAAACAAACCGCGGUAUCGUCCCCCAUGGACUUCUGUCCACACACGCUGCCGAACCCCGAAGAGACAGAAUGCUCAUCCUUAUACUCGCGUGUAAUUCGUGAGACGCACGUGCGCGAUGAAGUGCAAACGACUUUACAGGGGGUGAUAGCACACCCACAAGCUACAAGCAUGUGUCUGACUGCAGCUUCCUAUUAAGUAUGGCAGCUCGCAAGUGAAGUUUGGGCCUGUUCCUUUCUGGAAAAUGUUCAACUAUUGAAUGCCAAGUGCACUCCAAAGGCUGAUAUAGCUCUGGUGUGUAAAUUGCUGUAUAGUUUUUCUCUUGCACAAUGUCUUCUUUUUUUUUUUUUCAUUGUUCCCAGUAAAAUUUUGUUGUGAGGGAGUGCUUGUGUGUUGUCAUUCCUUGGCAUUUUUUUAUUGUAGCAUUGUUUUCCACUGAUUAAAUUUUUAAUAUAA